AUGCAAGAGCUUCAAGUCCCUGUCAAUGAAAACUUCCUAAAUAAGCAGAGGAUCAUCAUGACAUAAAAUCUAUCAGCUAGAGGAGUCAAAUCUUCUCUAUAGAGCUUAAGAUAAACUACAGAUGAAAAAAUAGAGCCAGCUCAUAAAGUCUCUGCCUAUCUCCUGAAAUAAAGUCUGAAUAAAUAAAUGUCUGGCAAAAAGCCUAAAAGUUUAUAGUAAUCAGAGGAAAAGGAACUAUAGCAGAAUUUGAACUUAUUAAAUACAUACAACAACAGCAACUAGAACUCAAAUCUAAAUAUUAAAUCGCCCUUUGUUCAUGAUAAAAUUUACUCUCAGCGAUCAUAUCAAAGGAUAAGUUCCACCAGUCACCAAACGAAAAGGAAAAAUAGUCAGCCACUCUUGUUUCACAAACUAGCAGUUAGUCCAAAUUAAGAUUAAGAAUAUUAUGAAAAUGGCAGUGGAGCUGUAAGCGGAAGUAUUUGGUAGCAGGGCAAAGAUGAAAAUGCUGGCUUUAAAACUUAAAGGUAGCAUUUGGAUGUCAGAAAUAUUUAGAUCGAUCAGGUAAAGAGGGAUUUGUAGAGAAAUUUGUUUUAAGGGAGUAUUGAUGACAUUAAAUAUAAACUUGGAGUGUCUGAUUGCUUUAAAUGCGGCUAGCUAACAAUGAUAUUAAAGAAGACAUUGAAAAUCAUUAACUAAUUCUAUCCAGAUUGCCAUAAUAAUCCAACUAGGACAAAGAUUGAGAAAAUCUUCAACUAAGGAAUGAAAGCUCUAUAGGGUUAUACAAUAGAUUCCGAUGAGGAGGAUUUGAAGCAAAAAGAAAAGCUAAAGAAAAAUGGUGACAAUAGUCCUUAAAGAAGAAGUUAGCUUAUAAAGCAGCUAUAAAGUGAAGUAGAGAUACUCAAAAGAGAAAAGAUUGAAAUAGAAGCAUUGAAAGUUAAGAGUUAACUCAAGUACCAGUAGCUUUAGAAGAAAUUUGAGACUUACAGAAAUGAAAUAGAAAGGGAAUUCUAAUUUACAAAGAAGCAUGCUUUCAAUCAGCAUAAUUCUGAAGAUAGAAGGGAUAAUCAAGCGAAUUACAAUAGUAAUAACAGAUAGUUAGAUAACUCAUAUAAGAAAAAAGCUGGCUCAAAGUUAGUAUCACCAGUAAGAAUGAAUGCAGUACAACAGAAUUAUGAUAAGAAUUCUAGUUACACUCUUAUCAAUACACUCCUAAAUGAAAUGAUGUAUACUUUUGACUAAGAUAAGGUAUAUUAAAAUAUGGCAACAAGAUUCGAGAAGCUUCUAACUAGUGACUUAGUAGUAUUGAUAAAGAUCGUUGACAAUGAAAGAUUAGAAUGGGUGAGCACCAAUAAUAAAAAGAAAAGGAGUUUAGUUGGGAAGCUAGGAAUCAAAGAUAAACUUAUUUAUGAAUGCAUGUCUGAGAAAGAGAGUUUUGUCAUUAAUGAGCCUGAAAAGGACAUGCUCUAUCACCCUAAGAUAACUAAGAUAUUUUAGGUAUCCCCACAAGCUUACAAUGUCUUAGCACAGCCUAUUCCUUCACAUGAAUAAGGAUAUAUAGGUGGGAUAUUAUUAGCCUUCAAUAAAAAGAACUUUACUAAUACAAGCCUUGAUCAUCAAUUCAUUGAAUUCACAAUGGACGAUAAACGACUUGCUAAGUUAUGUGCUAAUAUGGCAGCUAUUUACAUGUCAAAGAUCAACACUUAUGAGCCAAAUUCAUAUAUGUUUUAAGAAAGUGUUAAGAAGGCGACAUCUUAACUAUUCAACUGUGAGAGAGCUAACUUCCUAUUUUGUGAUUUUGAAAAGGGUGAGCUAUACAAAAACUAUUUGGACGAUAAGAACUAAGAACAUGUUGAAACAUUCAGCAUUCAGAAAGGUCUUGCUGGCUACGUAGCAAAUAGCAUGACUCCUCUUAUCUCAAAUCAAAUUGAAGAUGAUACUAGAUUUCUUUCAACAAUAGAUGAUCCAAGUUAAGAUUUCAAUUUGAAUACCAAAAGCAUUUUAUCAGUUCCUAUAUUUACUAGUGAUGAAGCCAAGCGAAUAGACUCACUUGAGGUCUAAUGCCCAAGAGCAAUACUGUAACUCAUUAAUAAAGCAAACGAUAAAAAGUUUAUUGAUGAUGACGCCUCUCAAGUAUAGCUAUGGGCUUACAUAGUAGGUCGAGCGCAUUAGCUGAUAAAGUAGUUAGAGGAGUUCAACUCAUUCAAGAGUAAUUUUGGAUUGAUGUUCGAUGCCACCAAUAGGGCAAUGAUGAGUAUUGAUGCAAACACUGCUUAAAUGAAUCAGGUCUUGCAAACAUUCCUAGGCUUGAAUAAUACCAUAGCUGCUUCGAUGCUGAAUAGAGAUACUAGAAUAUUGCAAGAGGACCUUUAAUGA